AUGAAUGGUUCCACUUCUAGGCUUCUGAGAUCCUCCCCUGCCAGCGACCACAAGGACAAUGUGUGUCGGAUCGUUCUACUCGGCCAACCGGGGGUUGGGAAAACAGCGCUGACCGUGAGGUUCCUGACCAAACGUUUUAUCGGCGAGUACUGCCCCACACUGGAGAGCAUAUACAGAUACAUGUACACGUCUGCCGAUGAAGAGGACACCAGGCUGGACAUACUGGACACAGCAGGACAGCUGUCUACAGAAUGGAAGGAGAGCUACGCCCUCUGGGCCGACUGCUUUAUUUUCGUCUACUCAAUAACCGAUUACACCAGCUUCGACGAAGUUCAUCGUCUCCGGCGCCUGGUAGAAUCGGCCAAAAGAUCUUCCUCGCUGUGCUGUGCCGUAGUCGGCAACAAGAACGAUCUUGUCUACGACCGCCAGGUAACCGUGUCUCAAGGACAAGAGCUGGCCACUGACUUGGGCUGUCGAUUUUACGAGUUGUCUGCCUGUGAUUGGAACCAGUACCCUCAGAUCUAUAGUUUAUUUACAGAACUUCCCGCCUCAUGGCGGCGGUCAAGGACUCAGAGGGAAGGACGUCAGCGGAAGUCAAGUUCCGGAACUAAGUUCAAACAGGCGAUUCAAAAAGUUAUAUCAGGAAAAACCCCACACCCAAAACGAACCUCAAACAAUGUUGUGUAUUCAUAG